GUGAUUGGUGCGGAACAUCAAAGAGAAGUGACGUCACCAAGUGCGGCAGGCAUGUGGCUUUGAUCUUCGAGUUCAAACUUUUCAAAUUUCAUCGCCAUUUUGAGCAGGCCACUUUAGGAUUUAAUUCUGUUAGAGAUGAUUUCAUUUCGAAAAUGAGUGUUGAGGUCCACCAAUUUCUCAAUGACUCCGUAGGUGGUAACUUUACAGAAUCAGCACCACGUCCUCCAGUACCUGGGGAGGAAAAUGAACUAACCUCAAAUGGCGGACAUUCUACCAGAAGCAGUGGCUCACACAAGAGUCAUGCUUCGAAUAAGAGUCACUCCUCUAUUAAGAGUAUAGGAUCACAUCGGAGUGAUGUUAGUCACUCCCCUGCUGCAACACCCCGCCGAUCAAACCUUGACGGGAAAAACAAAGCAUUAGCUUUACAGUCUCAGGGAUUAAGUCAGGAAGACAUGAUCGCCCCUCUGGGCUUUGAACCCGAGGGAAGUGCAACUAACUCACCUCCUUUUACAGAGAAUAGUACCCCACCUUAUUUAAAAUGGGCAGAAAGCCUCAAGUUUUUAUUAGAAGAUUCAGAUGGUCUUCAAUUAUAUAAGGAAUUCCUGUCACUUGAGCAAUGUUACUGUCCUGUGACUCUCGACUUUUGGUUUGCAUGCAAAGGCUUAAGACAAAGUCUUUUGAAAUUUACAAAAUCACAAAGUAAUGAUGCAAAAGAAAGAGCCAAAAUAUUCAACCUGGCUAAGGUGAUAUACAGGAAGUACAUUAGAGGGGAUCAACUUAGUAGCAUUAUAAGUAAGUCAAUUCGCCAAACAAUUUCUGAAAGAGUGACUAAAAAAGAUAUUGAAUUGACUUUAUUCGAUGAGGCUCAGGAUUCUGUAGAAAAAUAUAUGACGGAUAACACAUGGCCAAUAUUUCUGAAAUCCGACAUUUAUGUGCAAUAUAUACAAGCAGGGGGAGAGAGUCCAAAAACUGGGAGUAAUGGAUCUAGUGGCUCUAGCAGUGCCCGGCCACUCUCCCAAGUAGGCCCCCUCCCCACACUGCAUGAGAAUGAGGAAUUACAGACUGAUGAUAUUGAUUCAAGCCAACCUAUUCAUCAACCUAUGACACCAGUUGCAGUAGCCCCCUUGACGUCAAAGUCUUUAAUGGCGACAACAGCUUCUCGAGCUGAAGCCAGUUUCUUCAAGAGACCUGAAGCAACUGCUGGUCUGUACCUUCAACAGUGUCAAGAGAGGAGUGCAACAUCAAGUAGUAAGAACAGCUAUCCAUAUCACGUGUCUUACACCACAGUCUCUGCCCAGGACAGUGAGCUUCAAUCACUCUCUAGCGAUGCUAUGACUGAUGAUACCAUGUCACUCACAGACAGCAGUGUUGAUGGUGUACCAAUACAUGGGAGAUACUCGAUCAGGAAGUCAAAGCGAAUACAGAGGUCAAUGCACAGAGAUGCUGCCAAGAACAAAGAUACAUCACUGAAUAUGCUGCUUGUAAAACCACGAACUGAAAGAGCACCCAAAGAUCGCAAUAUUGCUGAAACUGAUCCUGCCAAAUUUGCUUCUGACCUGAUCGAUCGCCUGUUGUCUGUAAAAGACAAACGCGAGGCGGAUGAGCGCAUGGAAUCAAUGUUGGGUCGAGUAAGCGCAAGUGAGGGUGAGGAGUCUUGUAUGGACGCACGGAGUAUCUCGAUGGCAUCAUCGGUGUCUAAAUCGGCACUUGCCCCUCCUGCUGCUGAUGUCCCCAACGCGACGCUCGCAUUUCAGAAGUUAAUGGAAACAGUAGGUGGAGCGGACGAAUCAGCACAAAGUAUCCUUGAGGACCAUUGUUCCCGUGUAUGGGAGAGUUCAGCCGGGCAGACACCCAGCCGCUCUCCCGGGCGUCAUAGUCCAAAAGAAAAAUCUCCAGAUAGGGCUGCUCGAAUACAACACAGCUUACCUGGGACCCUACAUAAGCCUCAUAAAAAUAAAAAAGACAAAGAAUACUUGUCGACAUACUCUGGGGAUAGUGGGGUUGGCGACGAUAAAUCUGGCCUUGCACAUACACCUAUGUACAGUAGCUUAGAUAAUUAUGGGCAUGGGCACAAACAUAUUCACCAUGUUCAUCAUCAUCAUCACCAUAUUAGCAAAGACUUUAAAAGUAAGCACCUUACUGCUAUGGAAAUAGAAGCCCAAAGGCGCGCAUACCCUUCCCUUAUAUACAAAGGGGAGGCUGGUAAAUUCUCCAUGGAGGGACUUCAAGACCAGGUUGUAAAGCAACAACAGGGGAGGGGGAGGCCCAGCAAAAAGACUUCAACAGCGAAGACAAAGAGUUCAGAAACUAGCAGUAACAUAGAUAGUGGGGUCAGCAUGGUGUAUGAUAAACCAAAACAUGAUCUAUUGCCGAAUCCAAGUGAUCCAAAUAACACCAAGGUUCUAGCAUGGAUGUUAGAUAAUGAGAAAGUAACUGGCUCAACUGUUGCCCCACAGUCAGAUUCUGAGAAAAGUUCCUCGCAAAAACGUUCCUCGCACAGGUCUCUGUCUACAAAUGCUUCCCCUGCACUUCACCACAGGCAAAACAAACCUAAGUCUGUGGCUCCACCUAAGCAGCCAUUACAAUACAAUGCCAGCAGGCCUGGAUCACUGGAACGUUCGGUGCCUGCCAAGCCCAGCCAGCCCUUCGCGACUGACCCCUCCAUGCCCCUUAUACCACCUCCCAACCCCACGGUACAGCUCGAGGAGGCUAAGAGACGCCUUGAGGAGACAGAGGCAGCAAAAUUCACACGUCUUCGACAGUCAAAAUCUUUUACAAACCCGAUCAACAAACGCACCCCAUCUCCCUAUGGUCAGCCGACACAGAUGUUGCCCCCACAGAUGAAAGUGCCAUCUACCACCACAGAGGAAGAUGACAUCCCUCAGUCUGCUGUCACUGCAAACAAACAAAAUGAGAAAAAAUUGUCAAAGAAAACGACCCAUAGUGCACCAUCAACACCAUCCCAAGUUGACAGUACCAUCGUGGGCUACUAUUUCUGUGCUGACCCCAUCCCCUACAGGACAUCUGUUCCUGGGAAAAUUGUCACCUUGGCACAGUUUAAGGCACUCAUCAACAAGAAAGGAAAUUAUAGGUACUUCUUCAAGUGUGCUAGCAAUGAUUUUGGCAGUGAAGUUGUACACGAGGAGGCCAUUGAUGACCACGCCAUAUUGCCAAUGUGGGAGGGGAAAAUUGUAGGAAAGGUUGAGAAGAUUGAAUAAACAUUGAAUGUGGAUUCAAACUCAGUUUGAGAACAGUAAUGCACUUGCAUAAGAGGACUGUGUUAUUCAACAAGUGCUCGAUGUAAUAUUCGUAUCAGUUAUGGACCAUAUACUUGGAGUUAACAGAUUGAAGCAAUUAGACAAUUUAUAGGCAUGAUAUUAUCCUAUUGGACUACUACCUAUUUUUCUUCAGUGCACGAGUAAACAUGGAAUAGUUGUGUUUCGACAACCUUGAUAUGACAAAGGAUCCUGUAAAAUGACACAAAAUGUGCACGCAAUUUGAUGCACGGAAAUGACACAUGGAAUAUACUCAAUGGUCAUAAAUGGUUAACAAUAUUUACAAAUGUAUUAAGCUGUGUAAUAAUAUCAAAGUAAACUAGAAUUAUCAAGUUAGAGAAGUCCAAAAAAUGUUGCAAUGGAAUAUAUUAUUUGUGUAUCCUUCUAGUAUUUUGAUCCAGACCCAUCAAUGAUCAAGGUGUCAAAUUUCUAGUCUUAAGACCAUUUUCAAUUUACCAGACAUUCAUAAUAUUGGUACAUUCAUAUGGUGGUUUAUAUGCAUUUGUACAUCUAACAGAACAAAAUCCAUGAAAAUAUUAGAUAUUAAAUAUAUUCUUUUGUACUUCUCUCUUAACGAAGAAGUAUUCCCACCAUCUAAUUUGCAAGAAUUGGUGCUAGAUGUGGAAAGUGAUAUGGUCUCAAUCCAUUCUCCAUUCUCAAUACCUCAGAGUACCCUCUGUGGCUGAUGCAAUUACAAUUCAGAUGUCAUACACAUGUAAUUGGUCCUCUGCACAAUACAGUUCCAUCAACACUGAAGAUUUUUGCAAUGUCAUUUAUGAUGUUUAUAGUCCUGUCAUGAUAUUGAUAAAGUAGGCAAAGUUUUAGUUUAGUUUUUAGAACCAGUCGGUAGUGGCCCUUCAAUGGGUGGUUAUUUAUGUAAGAAGGAUUACGCAACAAUCGUGUACAUGAAUGUAGUGUCAAUAUUUCAUUGUAAAAUUUUCAUUGUAUAUAACAUCAUUGUAAAUACUCAUUAGUCUAUCAUGUACUACUAUAAAGCGUAACUAUGGUAAUCAGCACAGGAACCAAUAAAAAAUGUUACCACAUUUUAAUUAUUUAACAACAUACCUUUAUAUAGUAUCAAUGGAAAUAUCAUCAGAAGACAACUUUUGUCUGGAGAAAAUCAUUUUAGUUUUCAAGAUCAUGAUUCCAAUUUUCGACAACAGAUGGUGCUGUGUAAUGUCAAGGUCAUGUAAGAAUGUACAACUAGAUACAAAUAAAGUUUGUAAUGUACAUUUAUUUUUAAACAUAAAUAA